UAACAAUAACAGAAAUAAAAUGAAGCAUCAAUCGAAUUUACAGUGCCCCAAUUUAAUUGGGCAAUGGCGACACUGGGAGGAGCUCCAUCGUCACAGUGCGUGUUUUGCGAAAUCGCCCGUGGUUCCACCUCCGCCACUCUCCUCCACUCAGACGAGAGAGUGGUUGCUUUUCGAGACAUAAAGCCUGCUGCCUUCAGGCAUUACUUGGUAAUUCCUGUGGAACAUAUUUCUACUGUUAAAGACCUGAAGAGAAGACCUGAAGAUUUUUCUCUCGUGAAUCACAUGUAUGAUGUCGGACAAACUUUAUUGCGGAGAGAUGCACCACAUUCUGCAGAGUAUAGGUUUGGAUUUCAUCAGCCCCCAUUGAACAGUGUUAAUCACCUUCAUCUUCAUUGUUUGGCACUUCCUUUUACACCUAGAUGGAAACGCAUAAAGUACUUCCCAUUGGGACCACUCGGUGGAUUUAUCGAAGUUGAGAAGCUGUUAGGAAGACUAAAGCCAUUAUCAGAUCUAUCUGCAAAUUUGUGACUGUAUUGCUUAAUCUUUGGCUUACUUGAUUUGUUCGGACACAUUCUCAAGCAUCAUAUUAUUUUGUAUAAAUAUAACUUUAAUGUGAGCAAAUACCCUAUAUUGAAGGCUGAUUGGCUACAGGCCUUUGCAGAAUUUUUUUCUGA